AAAGAAAGUUUAGAUGGCUAACGUUUCUGCAUUCUUAUAUCAAGCUAUAAGAGAUAUUUUAUCAGUUUAACAGAAUUUGGCAGCCUUAACUCAAGCUGAAGAUAUUAAAUGACUUUCAAAGUUUGUGUAAUUGGCGCCGCUGGAGGCAUCGGGCAACCGCUUUCUUUACUUCUGAAGAGAAACAAUAAUAUAACUCAAUUGUCUUUGUAUGACGUUUCGCAAUCUCUUAAAGGCGUUGCAAUGGAUUUAUCUCAUAUUGAUUCCCCUACACUAGUGAGUUAUGAUUGCGGCGAAGAAAGUAGUAGUAUAUACAAAGCUUUGCAAGGUGCCCGGAUUGUCGUCAUACUUGCAGGAGUUACACGUAAACCGGGAAUGACGCGGGACGACAUUUUUACCCUUAAUGCCGGUAUUAUCCGAAAAGCAGCAGAAAAUAUAGCUAAUGCGUGCCCCGAAGCAAUGUGCUGUAUUGUGACGAACCCUGUGAAUUCCCUCGUCCCCGUAUUUAUAGAAACAUUAAAGAGUUUCAACAUCUCGGAAUGCGAAAGACGUGUUUUUGGCGUUACUAAACUUGAUUGUUCCCGUGCUAAUACAUUUAUUUCAGAAGAAAAAAAUAUUCCUUUGGAGGGCUUCCAAGUGCCUAUCGUAGGGGGUCACUCUGAAAAAACUAUUGUUCCUCUGUUUUCAAAAUUAACAAAUUGCUCAUUAACCCAAGAAGAGACUGAUCGUUUGUUUAAGAAACUACGAAGCGCUGGUAGCGAAAUCGUUGAAGCGAAGAAAGGACAAGGGAGCGCUACUUUAUCAAUAGCAGACGCAACAGCACGGUUUGUAGACUCAAUUAUUACGGCUUGUACAGGAAAAGAAGUCGAGGAAUUUUGUUACGUCAAAACUAAUCUUAUAAAAGGGGUGGACUACUUCGCUACACGGGUAUCUUUAGGGCCUAAAGGUAUUACAAAAAUUCAUGAACUGGGCUCCUUAAGCGAAUAUGAGGAAACAGCAAUAAAAGACUGUGUAAAGGCUCUACAGCAAAAUAUAAACACUGCUUUAGAAUAUACGAGGAUAGACAGACAAGAUAAAUAA